GUCAGCCAACUCCAUAGAACGGAUUUCCGAAAUAACCUUCUUUUUAAUAUCACCCCGACUAUUGAUAGCGAUGGGGUUAUUAAAUACAUAAGUAUUAGCUAUAUUUGGGUAAAAGUAGCGAGUAUCGUCAGGAUCGGUCUUGCAUACAAGUUCGUACCCGAGAGCAAUAUUUACCUUAAAAGCGCUCGUUUGUGUCGAAAGAACGUUCUCGAGCUUGUUUCGGGCGACAAGUGUUUUUCAAGGGUUUCAAUCGAAACACUGUACUGCUUAGAUACUAAUCUCUUGUUGAUUGGACGCGAAACGUUGCUAACAUAA